GGCCGUGCGAGCCAGCCCCGACUGCUCCUCCUCUUCCUCCUCCUCCUCCUCCUCCUCCUCCUCCAAACUCGCAGGGUUCAGCCCCAGCGCUCGCCCAGCCGCCCGAGCACCCAGAGGGACGGGAGGCAGCCGCGCGGCCCCGAGCUGGGCAGAGUCCCCAGCCGCCAUGGAUAGCGACGACGAGAUGGUGGAGGAGGCGGUGGAAGGGCAGCUGGAUGACGAUGGACUGCCGCACGGGCUCUGCACGGUCACCUACUCCUCCACAGACAGAUUUGAGGGGAACUUCGUUCACGGAGAGAAGAAUGGACGCGGGAAAUUCUUCUUCUUUGACGGCAGCACCCUGGAGGGGUAUUACGUGGACGAUGCCCUGCAGGGCCAGGGAGUUUACACCUAUGAGGACGGGGGAGUUCUCCAGGGCACCUAUGUGGACGGAGAGCUCAAUGGUCUGGCCCAGGAGUACGACACAGACGGGAGACUGAUCUUCAAGGGACAGUAUAAGGAUAACAUUCGGCAUGGAGUGUGCUGGAUAUAUUACCCAGAUGGAGGCAGCCUGGUAGGGGAAGUAAAUGAAGACGGGGAGAUGACUGGAGAGAAGAUAGCCUACGUGUACCCGGAUGAGAGGACUGCACUGUACGGGAAGUUCAUUGACGGAGAGAUGCUGGAAGGAAAACUGGCUGCCCUGGUGUCUACUGAGGAAGGCCGGCCGCACUUUGACCUGAUGCCUGGAAGUUCCGUGUACCACUUCGACAAGUCGACUUCAUCUUGCAUUUCUACUAAUGCUCUUCUUCCAGAUCCGUAUGAAUCAGAGAGGGUUUAUGUUGCCGAAUCUCUCAUUUCCAGCGCUGGAGAAGGACUGUUUUCAAAGGUCGCAGUGGGACCUAAUACUGUUAUGUCUUUUUAUAAUGGAGUCCGCAUUACACACCAGGAGGUUGACAGCAGGGACUGGGCCCUCAAUGGGAACACCCUCUCCCUUGAUGAGGAAACGGUCAUCGACGUGCCUGAGCCCUACAACCACGUGUCCAAGUACUGUGCCUCCUUGGGACACAAGGCAAAUCACUCCUUCACGCCAAACUGCAUCUACGACAUGUUUGUCCACCCCCGUUUCGGGCCCAUCAAAUGCAUCCGCACGCUCCGAGCAGUGGAGGCCGACGAGGAGCUCACCGUGGCCUACGGCUAUGACCACAGCCCCCCGGGGAAGAGUGGGCCCGAAGCCCCCGAGUGGUACCAGGUGGAGCUGAAGGCCUUCCAGGCCACCCAGCAGAAGUGAAGGGCCAGGCCCGGGGCUCCGGAGGCCUGGGAUAGGAACUUGGAUCUAUGCACCAUGUCCACCCAAGGACGGGACAACCAGGGACUGCUCGUGCUGUGACGUCACACAUCCUCUCACUCUGCGGCUCGCCACCACCACCUUCUCGCAUUCUAACUAGGUUUGACUGUAUCACUCAUACCGGGUUUAAAAUUAGCCAGCCUUGCAGCAGCGUCCUACUGAGAGGCAUUGUGGAGCACUUGACAUAGACAGCAGGGGGGUCUUGGGUGGUUCAAGUCUAAAUCUGGACCACGUUCAGAGAUGCCAAAUGAUUAGACUGAAAAAGGGAAAGGGGGGUUUUGUGUCGUUUUUUACUCAGUGGUUUUUCCAUGAUGUUUUUUUCCUAUGGCCCAUGCAGCGUGUGCUGUCGUCACGCCUGCAGCUGGGCCAUAUGGAGGAUAGAGAAUUACUACAUUUUUAUUCUCUAAAUGUAGUAUAAUUUGCCUUUUAACCUUUGAUCUGUAUCUUGCAAUAGAAUGGCUUUGUUUUUCCCCCUAGCGAACAGCACCCCACCUUUGGGUCCUUUCACCCCUCAGUCCUGUUCCCUUAGGUACCUUUCACAAGGGGAAACUCCCAAUUGGGUUUUGUGUCAGUGCCAGUGUGUAGGUCUCUCUGGCUCUUUCUAUAUCAUCGUUUCAUUAUUAUGUCCUAAUAGUAAAGAACUGGCUCAUAGAGCCGGGGCAUUAUUAUAGAAUUAUUAUUCUCGCAUGUAAACAAAGAUAUCUUUGCAUUAA